CCCCGAAGCAUAUUCCUUACCAGUCGUAGGCAGUAACAGCUACCACCAUGUCCUCGUUCAAGGCCAUGUUCUGUGACCUCUGCAUCGUCCUAUUGGUGGGACUGACCGUGGUCCUCGCUGAAGAAAAGCCAAGCGGAACAGUCGCCGUCGACGAGGGCCCUAAAGGGAACUGCUCAUGCGGUGGGUUCCCGACGUCGACCCCAGAAGUGGACGCGGCGCCUCUACUGUCCCAGACGCCUGGCCUGAUCGUGAAGUGUGACGAAGAAGGUGGAAACACAUGCAAGAGCUUGUGCAACGCUCUAGCUACAGCUACUAAAGCAAAGGGACCAGAAAUCUUGUGUAACAAGCUGAAGGAAGCUACUGAGUUGAAGCUGUCAGCAUUUUACAAGAUCUGCGACAAACCCUGGGUCUACGCCGAGAUGACAGCCGAAGAGCCGCUAUGCUGCGAAACCAGCAAGGUCAAGAUCUGCCCAUCAGUCGAGAAACUCAAUGCUACGUCAGCAGUAGACGUGAUCGACGCGAAGACCGUCAUGUAAAGGAAUUAAGAGGCCUACAAUAGUAGUUUAGCUCUGACGUAUCAUUGAUGUGAUUGUUUUAUAUUCUUAGAUGUAAUUAGCUCUGAAUAAGCAGGCGCGACUGAAUAAACUACUGUAUGCAAGAACGAAA